UAAAAAUAUUUUAUACGUACCUGUCCUUCUAAAUUCUAAUUAUAUUCUAAUCAAUACGGUAUAUUGCAUUUAAAUAUUAUCCAGAUACUCACAUUUUUUCGUACUUAUGCAUCUCUUUCUUAUUUUUUCCCAAUCCAAGCACUGAAGUAUUUAUAUACUCUUAUUAUCAUUGUUUCAUAUUUGUACUAAUUCUUGAAGGCUGUCAUUAUUCACUACUGAUUGCGAACAAAACAACUCGCAACUCGCAAGUAAUCCCUUUCGACCAGUUUUAUUAGUACCUAUCUAAAUACAACAAAAUAAGUUGACCUCGUUUUAAAUUGCUUAACUGACCGUUGGUCAUUGUAAAGUAUCCUUUAGAAACAUUUUAUGGUUCAAAAUACCUCAUGAAAAAAAAGGUUACCCUCUUCAAAACUAUAAAAUUUGUCACGGUUGAGCAUGUAAUUUUACCCCUAUUGUGAUUCAAUAGGUGCGUCUUUUACGGGAAUAGAAAAAAUCUUGUUUCUCAUACAUUAUUCAUUUGCUAACACGUUUAAGAACAAGAAACUUGUGCAUUGAUCAAUACUUUAAAAAUCAUUAUGAACAUCAAUGAUGUUGAUGAUCGCGAGUGCAUUUUAGAUUAUGGAGCAAAAAUUGAUGCAGCAAUAAUGAAAUCAUUACAUAAAGAUUAUGGUUUAGAGCAAGGUGGAUUCAAUCCGAAUAAACUUAUAGAUUUUGCGAUCCAAGUAAAUAAUGAUCGAGAUAGCCCAACAAAAAUACAUGGACAUUUUAAAAUUAACAAUUUGGCAUCUUCUGACAACGAUAUCAUAGGAAUGAUGUGGGAACCAGAACUAGACUUUGUUGAUGAUCCAGAAUGCUACAAUGAGUUUAGAAAUAAUGAUGUUCCAAUGAGAUUUAUGUGUGGCGUAUGUUUAGGUCAAUUUCGUACUAGAUGUGCUUUGGAUAUUCACUUUAGAGUUCACAGAGGGGAUAAACUAUUUAAAUGUGUACUAUGUGAUAAUAUAUUCAAUGAAUUAGCUACUCUAAAACAACACCGAGAAUUACACAACAUAAAUGAAUUGGUUACAUGUGGAAUUUGUGGAUUAGUUUUUACAGAAAUGUAUCACAUGGUAUUACAUAAAAAAAAGUAUCAUUUUAAUGAAUAAUAAAACAAUUUAUUAGUCUAUGCUCUAUAGACCUGGAAAAGAAAUACAUUUAUCAUUGUACAAUUUA